CGACAGAGAGGCAUUCUGCACGACGCCGAUACUUCACCAGUUAUAUCCGGAGCCAACAAUAAACCAACUUCUUUCCUCGUAAUCCUCGAAGCCAUCAAGCGACAUCAAUGUCAGAGCCGCCCUUCCAGAUUCCUGGCCUCGGCCAUGCGACACCGAACGAGCACCUCCCCGCCGAGAGUUUUGCACCCGAUCUGCUCGCCGCAGCUGCAAGUAUAUGUGGGGUUGAUGGGGUGGAAGUGGUAGAGGGUACUAGCGGGACGCAGUGGGCCCGCGAGAUGAGGAGCAAAGUGGAAGAGCACAAGGCAGCAGCAGCAGUGGGAGCAGCGGAUAGUGCACAACCCGAACAUGCGGUAGGGAUUCGUUCGGAGGAACAGGGGAAGGACGCUAUGGAAAUCGAUAGACCCGAAGAGUCAACGACACGGCCGGAGCAGCAAGCAGGGAGCAAUAUCACACCCGCGGUGGCUCAAAGCAGGACCAAUGCAGGGGAAGGGCCCCAGGUUGUUCCAAAAGAGGGUGAUGAGGAGGCAAGGACAGAAGCCGAGGAUCAUGCAUCCUCCAGCCAACACGUUGCGCACGCGUUGGAAGCCGCCCUUGAUGGCCUGCUGUCAGCCGCCACCGCGCAAACCGCCGCGCAAAGCAGCGAAGCCGCUCAAGGGCAGGUUGUCCAGCCGCAGAACGGUGAUGGUGACGGGCAACCAGAAUGGGAAGCUGACUCGUCGCCGUACGAGUCUUCGUCAUCGUCCGAUAGCUCCGACAGCUCGUCCGACGAUGACUCGGAAGAUGAAGGUGGCUACCAACCUCUCGGCAUCGAGGAAACAGCGAGGCUGCUUAUGGCCGAGGCCGACGGCGACGGCGACGGUGACGGUGGUGGAAAAGGAGGCAGGGGAGCUGGAGCAGGGCAGAUCCGCACUAAGAAUGAGGUGCCCGAAGAAGUUAUCCCGAAGCCCGACGUCGUCAUCACCCCCGAGAUGAAGAUUGAACCGCUCGGCCUGGUUGAAUUUGUUGUGGAGAGAACAGUUGUCAUCAAGUCGAGGAAUCCGGGAGAGGUCCAAGCCCUAAAUAUCGGCUCUGUGUUGUGUCUCGCAGAUCGGACGGUUAUCGGCGCAUUAGCCGAGACAUUAGGGAAUGUCCGAAGCCCGUUAUACACUGUUGGAUUCUCGACGGAAGACGAAAUCAAGGGGCUCGGAUUGUCAGUUGGUACUGAGGUGUUCUACUCGGUCGAACAUGCUCAGUAUGUGUUCACGCAGGUCUUGAAGGAGAUAAAGGGCUCGGACGCGAGCAAUCUACACGACGAGGAGGUUGCUCCAGAUGAGAUGGAGUUCUCCGACGAUGAGAAGGAGGCCGAGUACAAGAAACAGCUGAAGGCAAAGAGACGUGGCGGAAAGGCUGGCCGGGGCGGACGCGACCGUGCUGACCAGCACAGCCAACCGCACCCUUUGAGCAAUUCGACUCUGCCUCCACCACCGAACGGUGCCAAUGGGAACCUCAACUAUGACGAGGAAGAGGAUGGUCCUUACAAACCACUAGCGCGGCCCUCGAGUUAUGCUCAGGGACUUCCUUCCCUACCACCCAAGCCGGAAACCGGAUUCAGCCAACCCCGUGGCGGACACGGGCACCGCGGUUCCUUUAGAGGACGCGAGUUCCGGGGCCGAGGCCGUGGUGGCAGAGGAGACCGUCGACAUGGGCGGGGAGGUGGAGGAGCAGGCGGCCAUGCCCCCUUUGGCUAUGACGGAGCCGCAGACUCACCACGCCCAACCUCAUACGGGGUCCCUCCGAUGACCCAGCAACCGCAAAACCCACACCUACCCCCUCCUCCAUAUGGAGCAAACGUGCCUCCACCGCAAGCCGUCCCCUCAAAUCCGUGGCCUCCUGCACCGGCAUCAUAUGCGCCGCCUCCUCCCCCCAUGCCUUACUCGCACGGACAGAGUGCACCACAGCCACCGCCCCCUUCCUCCACAGCCUUCAACUUUAACUACCAAGCCUGGAAUCAGAACCCGAGCCAGGCUUACCAAUAUCCUCAUCAGCCUCACCACCACCAACCCGCAAACCCGCAGCCCCCGACAGCCGGCUACCCAGUGCCGCCGCCAGCAUGGCCAGGGGUUGGAGCGCCUGUACCAGCCCCCCCUCCGCCCAGCGGAACCUACGUUAACCCGGCUUUUUUCGGUCCAUUGCAGGGCCAGCAGCCGCAGCCGCAACCUGGGCAACACCAGCAGUACUGGGGACAGCACCAUAGCGGCUAUGGGCAGGGUCCCAAGUGAGAGGCAGAUGAAAGUCUUAUGACUGAGCAAGGGCAGCUACAGAGUAUUGGAGAAUGCAGAAGUUAUGCUUGUAACGGCGUUGGCUACAGGUUACAGGCGGAUGUGCCUUAGAUG